AUGCUGCCCUACAUCAACGCACCUUUUGAAUAUGUGGCUGGUGCGCUUGGGAAUUCGGCUGAUGAGCUCAAGCUCAUUUUCUCCUUCUACCUGUCGUAUCCUCUAGCUGCCGUGUUGAAAAGGAUCCCCGACAAGGACCCAUGGAAGAAGAAUGUCUUCGUCAUUACCGUCUCCAUGUUCUACCUUGUUGGCCUUUUUGACUUGUGGACCGGCCUGCGGACCAUCUUCAUCAGUGCUGGCGGGGCCUACCUCAUCUCUUCGAAAAUUCAUUCGCCGUACAUGCCAUGGAUCGGAUUCGUAUUUCUUAUGGGCCACAUGUCGGUGAAUCACAUCUACCGACAAGCCGUGAAUGACCCAUCCGUCUUUGACAUCACCGGAGCUCAGAUGGUCCUCGUCAUGAAGCUGACUGCUUUCUGCUGGAAUGUCCAGGAUGGUCGUCUUCCGGACGCUGAGCUUUCCGAGCAACAGCGCGCCCACGCUAUCCGGACAAUGCCCAGCAUGAUCGACUACGUCGGCUAUGUCUUUUUCUUUCCUGCCCUUAUGGCUGGUCCAGCCUUUGACUACGCCGAUUACAGCCAGUACAUCACUACCACCAUGUUCACCCUCCCACCAGGCACCGAUCCAUCCAAGGCACCACCAACGCGCAAGAAGCGGAAGAUUCCUCGCAGCGGUAUGCCUGCCGUAACCAAAGGAGUCUACGGAACUCUCUGGCUGGUCGCGUUCAUCAAAUUCUCCAGCUGGUACUACCCUGAAUUCUACCUCGGGGACGAGUACAUGCAAUACAACUUUUUCCGCAGGAUCUGGCAGCUCUACAUGCUUGGUCUUACCACGCGUAUGAAGUACUACGCAGUUUGGAGUCUAUCUGAGGGAUCGUGUAUCCUCUCCGGAAUCGGCUACAACGGUCUUGACCCCAAGACUGGUCGAGCUAAAUGGGACCGUCUCACCAACAUCAAGCCACUCGAGAUUGAGGCCGCGCAGAAUGCUCGUGCUUACCUUGGUUUCUGGAACAUCAACACCAACACUUGGCUGAAGAACUACAUGUAUCUUCGUGUGACACCAAAGGGACAGAAACCUGGCUUCAGGGCUACGCUUGCCACAUUUGUGACUAGCGCAUUCUGGCAUGGAUUCUACCCUGGCUAUUACAUGGCCUUCAUUCUGGCAGCUCUUGUACAAACUGCUGCGAAGAAUGGCCGCCGAUUGAUCCGUCCGCUGUUCAUGACGCCAGACGGGAAAUCACCUCUACCUUCGAAGCGAUACUACGACCUCUUCUGCGUCGUCCUUACACAGACUGUGUUUGCGUUCGUAGUCGCUCCCUUCAUCCUUCUUGGCUUUUCGGAUACGAUCAAGAUCUGGGCACGGGUUUACUUCUACACUCUCAUCGGUGUGGCCGGAUCAUUUGCUGUCUUUUCGCGGUCGUUCCCCAUCCGCAAGCAGCUCGUUCAACUUCAGACGGCUCGUGCGCCCCCAGCGGCAGCCACCACAUACGAUGAUCCUGCCAUUGAGAAGGCAGCACGGGAGGAGAUUCGACGAGAAAGGCUAGCGAGGACCAACUCGUCAGACAGUGUUAAGAGUCACGCCAAGAUGCCUCUCCUGGGUAUUGCGGAUGACCCCGAGGCGGAGAUUGACGAGAUCGUGGCCGAAGUCAAGGCUGAGAUCGAGCAAAGGAAGAGGAGGGGCAGCGUGAUGCAAGGGUUUGAUCUCAAGCAAGCCGUGCAGGACAAGCUGAAGCAGUUCAACAAAAAGGGACUGAUCCGCACCGAGAUGGGUGUGCCGGAUAAUGGCCCUGUAAUUGCUGGAGUAACGUGGAUGUUGACGAUAUUGAGUGGUGGGUUUUUGGCUUUGAGAUUCUAUGCGAAGUUAUCGAGGAAGCAAGGGCUUUGGUGGGAUGAUCAUAUCCUGACUGUCUCAUGGGUCCUCCUUCUCGCGCAGGCUAUCAUCACCCAAGUUGGACAACAAAUGGGAUUUGGAAAACGACUGGAAGAUGUCGACCCCAAAUACCUCAUGACCAUCGCGGUCGGAAUGUCCGUCGCCGCAUCGAUAUCCUGCUUCGCCUCUACUCUCUCGAAGAUAUCCUUCGGCGUCACUCUCCUCCGCCUCACGUCUGGUUACCUACGCGGGUUCGUAUGGUUCUGCAUCGUGACCCUCUUCCUCAUAAUGCUGCCAAGUGCGCUGGCUACAUGGGUCCAGUGCCAGCCGAUGGCAAAAGCUUGGAACAAAGACCUCCCUGGAACAUGCUGGGACUCUAGCCACUCAAUCGACUACGGUAUUUUCAACGCUGCGUGGUGUGCUGCGGCAGACUUUGCGCUAGCACUCCUUCCAUGGUAUCUGAUAUGGGGAUUACAACUGAAGCUCCGCGAGAAGAUCGGAGUGGGCAUCGCCAUGAGCAUGGGUGUAUUAUCCGGUGUCUGCGCCAUCGUAAAAGGCGUCUACGUAAUCCAACUCGGCCAAAAAGACUUCUCCUACAACGGCAAAGAACUCACCAUCUGGACCGGCGUUGAAACCGCAACCGCCAUCAUCGCCGCUUCCAUCCCCGUCCUCCGCGUUUUCUUCAAAGAAACAAUUUCUUCGUACUCGCGCUCGCAUACCAAAACCAACCAAAGCGUCCCCUUGUCCCGAUUGAACCAAAGUCAACACUCUACCACGACGACGACCGUACAUGCGAUGGGCAAAGGCAAGGAAGGGCGGUGGACGGUGAUUGAGGACCAAGGAGAUGAUUGGAGCCAAAGGGGCAUCUUGGAGGAUGAAGAGAUGGGACGGAGUCGACGGGGGACGGUGUAUGAGGAGGAUCAGAUUUUGACGACGAAUACGGUUACGGUUACGAUUGAGAGUGAUGCGCGGUCGUUGUCUGAUCAGAAGGCGAGGUCGUUUUUGGGGAUAGCGCACUAA